AUGCAACCUGAUCCGAUGACACCAUCUACAUCCAUUCUCGGAUUCACCUACGACAGCAUUACAUACGCCCCUCCUCCCCACUCCUCCCCCCUCACUUGCCCCAAAUCCCACAGGAUCCAGACCUGCCCCCCUCUUCGAGAUCGCGAUUUGGUACAUUACCCAAACGGUCCCGCACCAGUACCACUAUCAGUACCACUACCGAAGGAAGGCGAGCUUGGUACGCGCAUCGCACCGUUCCGCACCGAUCGGUUCCAGAUUCCGAUUCGCGUCGUCACAAUAAAUUUCAAUCCGCUCCCCAAACGCAGAAGCAUCCGAUCAAUCGGCGAUAUCCCCUCAUUAUCCAGAUCAGGUACCAAUGAGCACGGCUAUGAAGAUCAUUUGGUCUAG